AUGGGCCAGCUAGCCUCGAAUCUGAGCGCGACCAUCUACGAGCACCUCGCGCCACGCCCCCCUUCCCCGGGCGUCGUCCGUUAUCACUCUGUCUGGGUCGACGACGAGGGCGCCACGCACAUUGAGCGGGAGCUGCAGUUUUCGCGACUGGAGGAGGCCGAUUACUCUGCCUCUGGUACGCUCCAGCACGUGCGCAAGUUCACGAAUCAGGACUUUGAGGUGACCGACAUCGUGGUCACGCAGCAGAUUGGCACCGACCAGUGGAACCACAGCCCCGCGCCGCGGUUUGUGGUCACUCUCGAGGGCUCGUGGUUCAUUCGGACGAGCGACGGAGCACAGGUCGUGAUGCGCCCCGGCGACGUCCUCUACCAGGACAACACGAGCACCCACCCCGGCGCCCUUGACGGCACGCGCAACGCCAAGCACUACAGCGGGGCCAUCGGCGGCCCGUGCAACCAGCUCAUCAUUCAGCUGGAGACGCCACUGCGCACAAACAAGCCGGGAAGGUGGUCGGACGGGUGA